CGCUUGAGGUCUCACAUCGCUAUCGAGUGUUUUUUGCAGGUGAACCCAUGCUUUCUGUGAUAUUCGCACUCUGGUGUCUAAAUCGAGAUAGGAUCAUUCAGUUACUAUGGAAUUAUUAGUCAUCACACGUCGCUAAUAGUAACGGCGAUUGACAUUAUUUAUUGAAAGGAACAGUUCAGACCGUAUAUAGCAGAAGUAGACUGGGAGAAUUAAUGGUUUUUGAGCUUGAAGUUGAGAAAUAUGGAAGAGUAUGACAACAUGAUGGAGACUGAAGCUGAAAGGCCCCAAGACAUGGACAUCCAGAUUGAAACCAGCGAGGAUCUGCAGUUAUUCCACCAGAAGACAAUUCACAACUUCACACCUCGGGCAUAUCAGGUGGAGCUAUUGGAACGAGCUCUGGACAAGAAUACUGUUGUGUGUCUGCAAACUGGUUCUGGCAAGACAUUUAUUGCUGUGAUGUUAAUAAAAGAACUUGCUCACCAGAUAAGAACUAGUUACGAUAAUGGCGAUGGUGGCAAAAUGACCUUCUUCCUUGUCAAUUCCGUGCCGUUGGUGUCACAGCAAGCCAAUGUAAUUCGUACACACACUGAUUUGACUGUCGGUGAGUAUGUUGAUGCCAUGGAUGUAGAUCUAUGGAAGAAAGACAAAUGGAAUCAAGAGUUCAGCAAACACCAAGUGCUUGUGAUGACGUGUCAGAUUUUCCUAGACUUGCUACUUCAUGGAAUGAUUAGUCUGUCAAGCGUAAAUCUGAUGAUAUUUGACGAAUGCCAUCAUGCUAUAGGAAAUCAUCCAUAUCGAGAGAUUAUGAAGAUCUACGAUGUUUGCCCCAAAACAUCUUACCCAAGAAUAUUAGGUUUGACAUCUUCCAUUCUGAAUGGAAAGUGUGAUCCAACAAGGUUGGAAAAGAAGUUGGGCGAACUUGAAAUGACAAUGAGGGGGACUGCCGAGACAGCUACAGACAGUACACUUGUUGGUCAAUACGGCGCUCGACCCAAAGAAGUUGUGAUUUAUUGCCAGGCAUUCCAGGAUGAAAAUAAAUUGGCAGAAGAAAUUAACACUAUUCUUCAAAAUGCUAGAAUGUUCUUAGAAGAUUGCAGUUUCACUUUGGAAGAUAACGAGAGAGAUCCAAGGGUAAUUCCUAAGAGUGUUCUUUUGGAGUGCCAAAGUACGUUGUCUGUUUUAGGCCCAUGGUGCACAAACCUGGCAUGCCAGGUGAUGAUAAGAGAAUUAGAAAAGGUGGAGUUCCAUUCAACCUUGGGGUUAAGCAAACUCUUCAUACGUUUUGCAAUGACCACUCUGCGGUUCAUUUACAUGCGGUGUACUGAAGUUUUCGGUAGUACACAAAGAGUUAAUCUUAAAUACGUCACCCCUAAAGUGCUGAAACUGUUGGAGAUCUUAAAGCAAUUCAAACCACAACCAGAAGAAAAUCCACCUGUGGAGAAACAAGAUUGCGUAGAAAAGAAUGGCAUUUUGGGCAAUGAUUCAACAGCUGAUACUCCAUCUGAUACAAACAUGGAAUUGCCUCCAAACAAUGUUCUAGUGGAUAACAAGCUGGCGUCCUGUAAUGCAGUCUCUAAUACUGAAGUCAGUGCAGUGGAAGACAACUCAUCGGUUUCUGCACCAGCUGUUAAUAAUUCCCGUAUCACCACUCAGGAAAACAAUACUCCAUCAGGGAGAAAACAACAACAUAAACAUAAACACUUAAAUCACUAUGGUGAUCAGCAUAUAGGAACUGGACUCUCCUCCCUCUGUGGUAUUGUGUUUGUGCAACAACGUUACACCGCAGUAGUGCUGAACCAACUUCUCAAAGACCUCAGCAAACAGGACCCAGAUCUGGCCUACCUCUCCACCAGUUACAUCACCGGACGCAGCAUAAAGUCAACUUUAUCUGUCAAUCCUGACAUGGAGUACAAAAAACAGGAGGAGGUCCUACGCAGAUUUCGCCGUCAUGAGACAAACCUGCUAGUUGCCACAAGUGUUGUUGAAGAAGGCGUGGAUGUGCCAAAGUGUAAUUUAGUGAUUCGUUUUGACAGCAUGCGAGAGUACAGGUCAUAUGUGCAAUCCAAAGGUAGAGCGAGGGCGCCUGAGUCUUUCUUCAUAAUGAUGGUGUACGAUGAAGAGAAAGAGGCAUUUAUCAAGGAUCUAAAACAGUACAAAUUUAUUGACAGGAUUUUAGAAAGGAUCUGCCAUGGGAAAGAAUCACCAGCGGAGGAAGACAUUGAUGCUCACAUGGUGGACAGUUUGCUUCCUCAAUACACGCCAAAUAAACAAGAAGGUGGAGCUAGAGUCACCAUGAGUUCUAGUAUACCUUUAAUUAAUAGAUAUUGUGCCAAAUUGCCAAGCGAUGCAUUUACUCAUCUGACGCCAAAGUGCAAGACUGUACAACUGCCAAAUACAGACCCACACAUGUAUCAAUCCAUAUUGUAUUUGCCAAUCAACUCGCCUCUCAGGCAACCCGUCCAGGGUCCACCAAUGAAAGGGAAGAAAUUUGCCGAAAUGGCUGUAGCUUUGAAAACAUGUGAACUUUUACAUAAAGCAGGUGAACUUGAUGAAAAUUUACUGCCGGUCGGUAAAGAAGUAGUUCCUUAUGAAGAUAGAGACAUGUUUGAGGAAGAAAUGGAUGCAGAUGGUCCACGUCCUGGUACUACAAAGAGAAGACAGUAUUAUUGUAAGCAGGUGGCAGAUUCUUUGCAGAAUGGCUUGCCAGGCAUUAAUAAGCCAUGUUAUCUGUAUGUUAUCAAGAUGAAACUAGCACUGCCAUUACCGGAUAUUCUCAACACACGUGGCCGCAAGCUGUAUUGUCCCGAAGACAGUGAACAAGGAUUUGGGAUUCUUAUUUCAAAAAAGAUACCCGGGAUUCCCAGCUUUCCAGUGUAUACUCGUUCCGGGAAAGUAACUGUCUCCAUGGAAUUAGCAUCAUCGGGACUACGUAUCCCGAAGGAUAAGGUUAUCCAGAUCCGGAAAUUCCACAAGUGCAUCUUCUCUGAGGUACUGAGACUGGAGAAACCCUCCAUGAAGUUUGAUCCCGCCAAAUCUCUUUCCAAAUACUACAUAGUGCCACUACUGUCAGAUAUUGAUUUAUACGGAGCGGAAAUCCAAGAAAUUGAUUGGUCUUUUCUCGAAUUGAUCAGUCAGUGCAGUGGUGACUUGGAUAACCCCAAACCUGUCAAGUACACUAAUAAUGCGCCUUACACUUUUGAUCCUGCUAAAUAUGAAGAUGCUGUUGUGACACCAACCUAUCGCAAUUUUGAUCAACCACAGAGAUACUAUGUUGCUGAGAUAUCUGAACUUUCGCCGAUCAGUAAAUUUCCAUCCACGCUUUAUCCAACCUUUGCCGAGUACUACUUUCAACGGUAUGCUUUAGAAGUGACGACUGCCUCUCAACAUCUCUUAGAUGUAGAUUACAUGUCUUCCAGACUCAAUCUGUUAACACCGCGCUACCUUAACCACAAAGGCAAAGCUCUACCUGUCACAUCGGCGCAGACAAAGAAGGAAAAACAGGAAAAUCUACAAAAUAAGCAGUUCUUGGUACCAGAGCUGUGUUAUAUCUACCCUAUUCCUGGCUCUUUAUGGAGAAAAGCAGUUUGCCUUCCAAGUAUGCUGUAUCGAUUAAAUGGCCUGCUGAUUGCUGUUGAGGUACGCGACCUCGUCGCACAGGAAGCCAAAGUCGGGAUUGAGAAGCUCUCCGAUGAUUUCAAGUUUGAUGACUUGAGUUUUGGUUGGGAUGAGUUCGAGAUAAAUAAACAGGCAGUGGGAGACAUCAGGGAUGCAGCUGGUGACAGUGAUGAAAUAGAAAGUACCGGAACCAGUGACGAUGAUGAUGAAGACUUCUACGAUUUCAGUGAUGCUAUCGAAUUCCAGGUUGGGGAUGAAACAUUGCAGGCAUUGAACCAGCUUAAAAUGUUGCCUGAUGGUGAAGAACCAAUCAAAACGUUUAACAAUAUUGAUCAUGAUUCAAUUGAAAAUGAUUCUGGUUGGGACGACUCUGUUGUUGAUGUCCAGCAUCUCAUCUCUUUCAGUGGUACAAGCAGUCGUGUUGCACCUGUGACCAUUCCGGCACCAGCUAUUGAUGCAAAGGACGAUGAGCUAGAUAUUGAUAUAUUUGCACAGAUGGACACGUUUGAUUUUAAAGCUGCCACUGGUGAUUUCUCCAAAAGCUUGAAGCAUAAGGCGGCUACUGAGAAAAUCUCCUCGGAACGUUUGGGGACGAUCUAUGAGAAUGACUACACCGAGCCGCUGAUUCCUCCAGAUAAGCUGGACGACUCCACGAAUGACGACGAACUAACAACAAUGCCGGGACCAAAUCCUGCAUUGAUCUUGCAAGCCUUGACUAUGUCUAAUGCCAGUGAUGGCUUCAACCUGGAAAGGCUGGAGAUGUUGGGUGAUUCUUUCCUCAAGCAGGCUGUCACCACGUACUUGUACUGUGCCUACCCUGGUAUGCAUGAGGGCAAACUGUCCUACAUGAGAAGCAAACAGGUGAGCAAUCUGAAUCUCUAUCGACUUGGAAAGAAGCAUGGCUUACCAAGUCGCAUGGUAGUGUCUCUGUUCGACCCACCAGUGAAUUGGCUUCCACCAGGCUACGUAGUGCUGCCUCCUGAAAAAAGACAACCUGUGAGAGUUGAGAGUGGGUUUGAGAUUGGGUAUUGGGGAAAUUGUGACACUGUGGAGAAUUUCAAAGCUGAGCCGGACGUGCCCUAUGACUUGCACAGUGAGCAGAGCUUAUCUGAUAAGAGCGUUGCCGAUUGCGUUGAAUCACUCAUAGGAUGUUACCUAGUGUCAUGCGGUUUUCGUGGAACCUUACUCUUCAUGUCCUGGCUUGGCAUAAAAGUUCUACCUUCAUUGAAAGAUGAGAAAAAUGCAACUUCAAAUUCAGUAGGCAUUGUUGAAAAUGGAAUACAGUCGACAGGCAAUAAUACAGAGGAAAAAAUGAGCAGAGAGGUAACUGAAAAUGAUCAACCCAACAGCGUCGGAUAUGGUCACCUGAAACCACCAAACUCACCACUGUUUAUAAACGUUGCCCAUGCAGAGGAGAGAUUGAAACAUCUGUUGUCUGGAUUUGAGAGCUUUGAAGAAAGGAUUCAUUAUGCUUUCAAUGAUAAAGCAUAUCUGUUACAGGCAUUCACGCAUGCUUCCUACUAUCACAAUACCGUAACAGAUUGUUAUCAGAGGCUUGAAUUUCUUGGGGAUGCUAUUCUUGACUACCUCAUAACAAAGCAUCUAUACGAUCAUCACCAGCAUCAUUCACCUGGCGCUUUGACAGAUCUCAGGUCAGCUCUUGUCAACAACACAAUCUUUGCUUCCUUGGCCGUCAAAUACGACUAUCACAAGUAUUUUAAAGCAAUAGCUCCGGAGCUCUUCCAUGUUAUCGACAACUUUGUGAAAUUCCAACAUGCGACAGAGGAAACUCAGGGUAUAGAUUCCCAGCUGAACAGUAAUUUCUCGGAUGAUGAAGACGAAGAGGAGGACGGGGAAGAGCGUGAAGAUAUCGAAGUGCCGAAAGCAUUGGGUGAUGUGUUUGAAUCUGUGGCUGGUGCUAUAUACCUAGAUAGUAAUAUGUCGUUAGAUGCUGUCUGGAGAGUUUAUUACACUAUGAUGAAACCACAUAUUGAUAAGUAUUCUGCUAAAGUGCCGAUUUCUCCUGUCAGAGAACUGUUAGAAAUGGAACCAGAAACUGCUAGAUUUGGUUUACCAGAGAAAACAAUGGAUGGAAAAACACGUGUGACAGUAACAGUGGCAGGGAAAGGAACGUAUCGCGGCAUUGGAAGAAACUAUCGUAUUGCCAAAUCAGCAGCCGCUCGACGUGCUCUCCGUGCCCUAAAAGCGCAACAAGAGAAGGCAGAGAAAGCUAGAGCAGAGGCAGAAGUUGAAGCUUUGAAGUCAUUGAAAGAUGAAGAAGCAAAAGAUGAGGAGAGGGAGGAGGCGGAGGAAGAUGAAGAUGAAGAGAGUCCCCAGAAAUAAAAUUCUUCCAUUAAUUUGUGCUUAAUUUAUAUCACCUUGAAGUUUUUGAUACCACAUUGCC